GUCGUGUACUUAUCGAAUUUCAUCCGAGUGGUGAUGUGUAAUAACCACAGUUUUGGUGAUAUUUCAAAUAAAAACAGAGCUAAUUAAGCAACAAAACAGCAUAGCAAAGGACAGGAAGCAAUAUACACAACAUGAACUAUAAUCCAAAUGCGGGUAUGCGGAAUCGUAAGUGGGAAAACUCUCAAGGUGGAGGACGCGCUCGUCCCAUUAAACGAGUAAGCGAUUUGAAUGCAAUGGGCCCAACGGCUCCGUUGCCCAGUGGCUCUGCCUUCAUGACGCCAACGGCAGCACCCACCAUGUUCGAUCCCACGAUGUACGGCGGCCCGGCUCCACAGCAGGUCAAUAGCUAUGGGUACAAUGCGGCACCAACAGCUCCGGCACCGGUACAGCAACAACAAGUACCCCAACAGCAAAGCUAUGGAUAUCCACCGGGACAACAACCAAUGAAUAAUGUACCAUCUGGACAGCCAUCCUAUGGCAUGGGUGGACCCCAGACGCAAGUGCUUGGAGCUGCUCCCGGUGCUGCACCUGGAGGCCAAUAUCCACAGUUUACCAUGUUCCAACAGCCCAUCGUGCAGGACAUGGCCAUGCAGUACGGCCAACGACUGGCCGAUCAAGGCAAACAGCUUGUGGAGAAUCAAUUUGAGAAAUGGGUGCCCGUCGCGAAGUUGAAGUACUAUUUUGCAGUUGAUAAUGCCUAUGUGGGGCGCAAGCUGCGCUUGCUUUUCUUUCCUUAUGUACACAAGGAUUGGUCAUUAAAAUACGACCAGGAACACCCUGUGCAGCCACGCUAUGAUAUAAAUGCACCAGAUCUUUAUUUGCCAACGAUGGGCUACAUUACAUAUGUAAUUGUUGCCGGGCUAUUGUUGGGCAUGCAGAAUCGAUUUUCGCCCGAACAACUAGGCAUACAGGCAUCUAGUGCGAUGGCUUAUAGCAUUUUCGAACUGGUCAUCUACUCCAUCUCGCUGUACGUGAUGAAUGUGAAGACGAGCCUUAAGACUUUGGAUUUACUGGCAUUUACGGGCUAUAAAUAUGUAAAUAUUGUCGUCUGCCUACUGAUGAGCACGCUCUUCUUUCGCUCCGGUUACUAUAUAGCACUGGCAUAUACCAGCUUCGCCUUUGGCUUCUUUCUGCUGCGGACACUGCGAACAAAGCUGUUGCAGGACAACACGCCAACUGCGCCCAGCGGUGCCAUCAACUAUGAUCCGUAUGGCAAUCCGCAACAAUUCGAUUACAGCGGCGGGCGCAAGAGGAAGUUAUACUUCCUAUUCAUUGUAGUUGCUGGCCAGAUAUUGUUCGCGUUUCUGCUCUCGAAGCAUUUGUAUUUGCCCGGUGUGGAUCCAUUGGCAACGCUUAAGGCGCUAUAAAAAUCUUUAGUAAAAUUUUUGAAACUCAUUUAAUUUAUUGGGCCAACGGAAAUCAGACGCACACAUACACACACAUGUGUGCCGAGUGUAUUGGGUGUGUGUGCGUAGUACACACGCUCUCAAAAUUGAUGUGGUAAAAUGUUUUCACAACGCCAAUGAUAAAAUCAUUUCCAAAAUGUUAAAAUCUUAGUAGCAUAUGUGGUUAGAAAUACGUUACUUAAGCUUCAAGAAACAUCUGAUUGAGAUUUGCAAUAGGUGAUGCAUAUACAUAUUUUUGUUAUUAACAAAAUUAACACAUUUUAUACCUAAAUAAACAGUGCUUGAUAAAUGGGA